AUGUCUGACUCUGUCUCCGGUGACAGCAGAAGUCCUAUGGAAAAUGUGUCUUGCCCCUCGCACGGUUUAGUCAACGGGAAGUGUGAUGGUUCCCUCAGCCUUCUGGACAGACUCUCCAUAACCAGGAACGUCUGGGAGCUCCUCAGCACCCACCAACGGCAAGCCAUGGAACUGCUCACAAGGCAAGCCUCUGGGACAUUCAUUGUCACCAGAAACGUGGCUGAAGAUUCCAGGGUCAUCUUGAUUCGGACACGGGAAGGUGAGGCUGACGCUGUCUGCUGCUUCUCUGUUCUAGAGGAGAACGCUGCUGUGUACCUGGAGGGAUCCCACCUGCGCUUCCGAGACUUGCUGGAUCUGGUCAGCUUUCACAUGGUGAGCAGGGAUAUCCUUCCAGAUCUACUGAGGAUCCCAGAUGCCUUUCAGAUGUCAUGCAAGUCUGAAUUAGAUGCCCUUGCUGCACUGGGCAUGAAAUUCUGGAUGUUGCCCCUUAAACUUGGCACUGAGUUGGCAUCAGAUGAAGAAGGUUCCUGGGAGUCGAACGGAGAGCCCCAUGAAUCCAGACAGCCAGAUGGCUCCGUCCAGGUGGUCUCUGAGCACGAGCCAUUGUGCAUCGUCAACCCGCUUUUCCUCUCCAUCCACGGUGAGGCUUGCUGGCUGAAUUCAGCUCCAAACCUCUGCCGUGCCAACAGCAGGAGAGGGACCCUGCGGCUCCGGAAUGGACGGGGCAGCCCGGUCGACUCUGGCUCUGCAGCGGUUCCUUGCACACAGGAAGCUCCAGAGAGUUUGGAUUGUCUGAGAUCCCUGGAGAAGGAAAAGGUGACGGAGAAAGAUGGCUCUGCACCCCCCUCGGGCUUUGUGCGGCGGAAUCCCUUCCUACGCAGCCUAGCUUGGGCCGACUCUACAAACAGCACAGAAGAGCUGCCUGCGUCCCCUGACCUCCUGCAGAAAGAGGGCAAGUCCCCGCACCGGGUUUCCUGGAUCGAAGCCGCUCCAGUGACAGCACCCCCCUGCUGUGCCUCGAAGGAGUCUGGCUCCGAAUCGUCGCUGCUGAAUGAGUCCUUGGUCUUGCCCCUCAUCCCCGAACUGGAUUCCCUCUCUCUCAGCAGCAUGGAGGACGAGGGGGACAGCCUCUCCCUCACUGCUUUGCAGAAGAAGCGCCACUCCUCCCCUGCUGCUCUGACGUAUAAAGUGCUUCACCGCCUCUCGGCAGUGGGCAGCACCCUGGGCGGGCUCCUCUCCACCGAGCGCCGCAUCUCCAACCGAGUGCAGGAGCUGGCCCAGGAGCCGAUGUCCUACGUGGGAGGUCUGGUGCAAAGCUUUGUGGGGCACAUCCUGCGGGGGUCUAGGGUGCGGCACCCCACCAGCACCGACCUGCUGCAGGAGAUCCGGCAGAUGAUCAGCAACCUCAAGGGCUACCUGUGCGAGAGCUUGGAGCUGCGGGCCAUCUGUGAACCCGACGAAGCGGAAGAAAUGGACCUGGGUUCUGUGGUGGAAGCUGCCCUGUACAAGUGUAUUCUUAAGCCCCUCCGGGAUUCCAUCUAUGCCCAGCUGCUGGACUUCCGCAUUCACGACGGGAGCUUGGCUAGGCUGCGCGAACACCAGGCCGCCAUGAGCCAGCAGAGCCUGACAGAGCUGGGAGUGAUAGCCAGUGUGCCGGAUGGAGCUGGCCUGGAGCGCAUCCGGACCAAGCUGGGCCUCAUGCACCAGGCUUACUCACCCAAGAAGAAGGAGACACAGAUGCUGAAGGUGUGCAAGCUCAUCUAUGAAGCCAUGAACCAGACGGCUGGCCGGACAGAGCCUUUUGGCGCCGAUGACUUCCUGCCGGUCUUGACUUACGUCUUGCUGAAUUGUGACAUCGUCUCGGUCCAGCUGGAUGUCGAGUACAUGAUGGAGCUGAUGGAGCCCAGCCAGAUGCAAGGAGAAGGUGGUUAUUACGUCACUACCUGGUUCGGGGUCCUCUAUCAUAUUGCGAACUUUCAGCCGGCUGCCAUGGUGACCCGCCAGAUCAGCAUCGAGGCCCAGCAAUCCAUCCAUCAAUGGCAUCGACGCCGUACAAUCUAUCACCAUCAUGGUUAUCGGGGUCAUUCACAGAACAUCCUCUAUGUCUCCUUCCACGAGCCCUUCAACAACCAAAAGGCCAUUUCCAUCCCUACUGACAUGACCACGGCAUUGGCAUGCGAAGUGUGUGCCAAGAAGUACAGCGUCCCCGAUCCUGAGGCUUACGGACUUUUCCUGGUGUCAGGGGAUUCCUCUCAGCUCCUGGCAGACGACAGCUAUCCUCAGCAACUCCGUUCGGACAUCCAUCAGGCCCAGGGCCCUCCCGUGAGUUUCGUAUACAAGCUCAAAGACGGGAAACCUCCUGCUGCUGCUCUCCGUUCUCUCCAGAACCUAGACAGCUCAGCUGAGGCCCAAGAGCCCUUCGAAAGCAUGGACACAGAGCAAUCCGUGGCAGACUGAGUAUCAGCUUUCCAGAAACCUUGUUUGUAUCUUUUAAAAAUGGUUGUCCAAAGUUCCUGACUUAGCAGGGGUGGGGGGAACUUUAGGAAUAGUUUUGGGAAUAACAACUCUGCCAGAAUGUUGGUAUGGGACUGUGGAGGUUCAUGGCAUGGUUUGGUCAUAGAGUUCACUUGGGUGAUCAUGACCAGUUAACUUCCUCUCAGUCUAAAAUUCCCUGCCAGAGUGGUUAUGAGGGUAAAUGUGGGCGGGCAAGUAACGUAGGGUGUUCCUAGCUUCUUAGAAGAAUGGAUUAAAAAUUCGUU